AUGGCGAAAAGCAGAAUCGCCGAAAAAUCGCAGACGGGGUCCCUCCAGUCGACCCCGGCGGGGGACCAGGCUGCGGGGACGCCGGGCAGCAGAGACCACUUGAAGGAAAAAGCCUGUGCAGAAGCUGGGUCGGCAAGAAUGUCACUUCUUAUAUUGCUGUCCAUUUUCUUAUCUGCGGCUUUUGUUAUGUUUUUGGUAUAUAAAAAUUUUCCACAGCUUAGUGAAGAAGAAAGAGUGAAUAUGAAGGUUCCCAGAGAUAUGGAUGAUGCCAAGGCUCUAGGGAAAGUUUUAUCCAAAUAUAAGGACACGUUUUAUGUAGAAGUACUUGUAGCUUAUUUUGCUACAUAUAUUUUCUUGCAAACAUUUGCUAUUCCAGGUUCUAUAUUUCUCAGUAUACUCUCAGGGUUUCUUUAUCCCUUUCCACUGGCCUUAUUUCUUGUUUGUUUGUGUUCUGGACUUGGUGCCUCAUUCUGCUAUAUGCUCUCCUAUUUAGUCGGGAGACCAGUUGUAUACAAAUAUCUAACAGAGAAAGCAGUAAAAUGGUCACAGCAGGUUGAACGUCACAGAGAACAUCUCAUAAACUACAUUAUAUUUUUGAGAAUAACCCCAUUUCUGCCUAAUUGGUUUAUUAAUAUUACAUCUCCUGUGAUAAAUGUGCCAUUGAAAGUUUUUUUUAUUGGCACUUUUCUAGGUGUUGCGCCUCCCUCUUUUAUAGCCAUUAAGGCAGGAACAACACUGUAUCAGCUUACAACAGCAGGGGAAGCUGUUUCCUGGAACUCAGUAUUUGUCCUAAUGAUUUUGGCUAUUCUUUCUAUACUGCCAGCCAUCUUCCAAAAAAAACUAAAGCAGAAAUUUGAGUGA